AUGUCGAAAAUUGCGGAAAAGUGCUGCAACCCGUUGAUCGGAAUAAUAAUAUUUCUGUGCGUCGCCCUACUCAUCAUCCUCGCCGCCGUCAUCGUUCUGAAAUUGAGCAAAACGUCGGACGGCGUGGUCCCAGAAGCCCAAAAACUCGUCGCUUCGACCGAAGAAACGAUGACGACGAAAACCACGAAAAUCCCAGUGAAAAUGAGUGAAAAACCGGCGAGAAAUGUGUGCGAAUCACGCGAAUGCAUCUGGUUGGCCCAUCAAUUGGUGAGUCGCGUUUCUCUUGAAAUUUCUGUAAUUUUAAGCGAAAAAAGUGAUUUGUUCCGUUAAAUUGAAAAUAAUUUCAGCACAAUUACGGCGAUUCGAAAGCGGAUCCAUGUCAGGAUUUCUACAAGUACACGUGCGGAAACUUCAAAGAACACACGCCCAUCGACGGAUCGAGACUUAGUUUUAAAAAACAGAUUGUCGGACGGUUGAUUGAGGGUUAGUAUGGGCGCAAAAGACGAAAAACGCCGCGGCGCCCGACAAGCAUUUUUUCGGGCUAGUAAAUUCAAAUUUUUGCAGAUUUCCUCCUCAAAAACGAGACUUCCAGCUCGAAAUCUGAAAAUGUCUUGCGAAUGCUCUAUGGAAAGUGUGAGGAAUUGAAAAAUCCGCGGGUACAGCUUUUCCGAACAGUUUUUUGCAACAAUAUUGUCUUUUGCAGGUCGGUGACCGUAAAAAGGGCGAAAUUUAUCGCGAUUUAGUGGAUGAUAUUCGCAAAAUUGGCGCCUGGCCGAUGAUCGAUCCGAAAUGGGACGAGAAGAAUUUCAAUUUGAAUCGUUGGUUUUCUUGUUGAAAAAUCUGAAAAUUUUCUGGAAAUUUGCAGACAUGCUCUCCACAAUGGCCUCCCUUUUUUCGCUCCGUUUCGGUCUUUUCCGAAUCGUUGCGAUCAACGAGAGAAUUGAGAUUCGACCAGAUCCGCCACUACGGAUGCCACUCGAGGAAUUGUUCAGAGUAACUUGA